CGGAAAUCAAUAAUUUGUCAAAAGCGGAAAUCGGCUGACGUAAAAAGCCAGUAAACGUUUUGUUUAGCAUUAUCCCGGUCGCCCUCUCGGACUGUCGUCUCGCACACGGUUAACGACUUGGUCCCGGUUCGUUGGAUACGUCAUAUCGUUUCAUUUGAAAAUAAUUUUUAGCUUUACCUCUUGUUAGCUUAGCCUCGCCUAGCUGGUUCGAUGGGAGCCCACCGCGGAGAGGGAGACCGGGACUGGAUGCAGCAGGACGGGCCGGAACACAACUCGAACCCAUGGAACCUGAUGAUCAAACAUCGACACAUCCACAGGAGAGGAAGGCGAUCACAAAUGACAGUCAGUUACACAGACCCUCAGGUGUCCAUGGACCUUCUGAGGGCGGUCCUACAGCCCAGCUUCAAUGAUGACAUCAUGGCUGUGUUCCGGAAAUACCUAAAGUUCUUUGAGAAGGCUGCGGAGAACGUUAAGGAGAACGUUGGAGAGGAGGUCCAGACUGAUCAGCUGAUCAAGGAGGCCUGCAGGAAUGUUCUGGAACACGCCAAACUGUUGUUUCCAGAACCUGAAGUGAAGAAGUCCGGCGCAGAGGCGGCCAUCAAGAGGUCCAGAGAAGACACCUGCAGUCAGAGAGGAAGCCCUGUCCCCAAAAAGAGGAAAAACCGUUGCGGCGCUGCAGCUAUGUCUGAUCGUCCUUUGACCUUCUCCAGUCACAUCAAGAUCAAGUCAGAAGCAAUCAAGAGAGAAGGACCUAAGUGGGACCCGUCCAGGCUGAGUGACAGCAGCACGUUUGUUCUGGGCUCCAGAGCGAACAAGGCGCUUGGGAUGGGCGGGACCAGAGGACGUAUUUAUAUCAAACAUGCUGACCUGUUUAAGUAUGCGGCAGACACAAAGGACAAGCAGUGGCUGGCUGAGCGUCACCACAUGAGGGCGACAGGAGGGAAGAUGGCCUACCUGCUGAUUGAGGAGGACAUCCAGGAUCUGUCUCGCAGUGACGAGUACAAGGACUGUCCGGACAUCAAGAUGGACGAGAUGAAGCCGUUCACGGUGCCCCAGUGGAUGGUGGAAAAGAUGCAGAGAGCCAUGGAAGCUCAGAGAGACGCUGACCUCUGACCCAUGCACCCGCUUCAUAACUGAUGUUACCGGCAGGCUCUGAUGUGAUUUUAAUUGUACUGGCUGUUUUUUGUUUUUUUUUAAAGCAAGAAAGAACA